GAAGAAAAAUCAUCCGGGCGUCUCUAGCUGCUCUCAUGUGUGACCAUAGCUCCCGUCUUCACCAAUAGGAAAGCAGUGUUGUGCACAGAACAGGAAGUUGGUGCACACACACUCGAGCCCUAAUGGAGAUAAAACGGAGAGCAGAGAUGACACGACAGAGGAAAAUGUCCAGAUGACACCCUCCAACUAUGCUAACAUAGGUUUUAACAGUUGAUUGACCACACGGCACCACAACUCCCCUCCUGCUGUCCCCCGCUCCUCGUCCGUCCAGCCAUGUUGUUGAGGAAGAAGCUGUGCGUUGCCGCGGUGAUCGCCACCGUCCUCUUCCUCAUGCUCGCCAGUCAGACCAUCCAGAAAAGACACUCCUUGUCUCUGUCGUUGGCCACGUCUAUCAGCCGGGCCUCGAUGCCCAGGAAAGACAGCAGCACAGGGAUAGUGGUUGAAUCAACAGCGUCUGUUGCGGACCAGAUCUCUGAGCUGGAAAGUGACGUUCCUCCCAACACCCCCAAGCCUGAGGCUGAGGUGAAGCUUCUAGAGAAAACCCAGGAAGACAAGAGGCCCUGCGGUUGUUCUGACUCCUGUUUAUCAGACCUGAGUGAGUCGAAGUGGUUCAGCGAACGCUACGAUCCCAAACAGCAGCCCGUCGUCCUAGGCGACAACAACAACUUUGAUCCAGAUGCCCUCAAAUGGUGGCUGGCUCUUCAGCGGUCCGGAAACGACCAGACUCUAGAGCAAGUGAUGUCGGAAAUGUUCCGGGUCGUUUCUCCACCCACUGUGGAUGUCACGCCCCUCUCUGAGCGUUGCCGCAAGUGCGCAGUGGUCGGCAACUCUGGCAACCUGCAACAGUCCAGAAAUGGCAAGUUGAUCGACACCCACGACUUCGUGAUCCGAAUGAACAAGGCAGUGACUCGAGGAUUUGAGACAGACGUCGGGAAUCGGACGACACAUCAUUUUAUGUACCCCGAGAGCGCAGUGGACAUUGACCAUGGUGUCAGCCUCGUCCUGCUGCCGUUCAAACUUAGAGACCUGGAGUGGCUGACCAGCGCGUUGUCCACCGGCACGGUCAAAAUGACCUACAUGAGGGUUAAAGAGAGAGUGGCGGCUGAUAAAGACAAGGUUCUGGUGGUGAACCCUGUGUUCUUUAAGUACGUCAAUGAUCAUUGGACCGAGCGUCACGGUCGCUACCCGUCCACCGGCAUGCUGGCCAUAAUCUUCGCUCUGCACACCUGCGACCAGGUGUCGGUUUUCGGUUACGGCGCUGACAAGCAGGGGAACUGGCAUCACUACUGGGAGGAGAAUCGCUAUGCUGGAGCCUUCAGGAAGACCGGAGUCCACAGCGCUGACUUUGAAACCGAGGUCAUCCAAAUGCUUGCCAAACAAGGAAAGAUCAGCCUGCACCUGUGACCUACAGACCUGAAGACCUACAGACUGACCUACAGACCUGCAGACCUACUGACUAAAGACUUGCUGACCUACAGACCUGGGGCCAGUUUGCAAGUUCACGUUACACACAUUUAUGAAGCCUUCAGCACUGCAGACAGCUCUGUAAACUCCACUCCAGGGUAACUGUACCUGCUCAAAGGUCAAGAGAUCCUGACCUGCAAUCUGUGUUACUGGGGAAGGAAAUGUUUAGAGUAGAGACGGAGGCCGAACCGUCACAUCUUCCUCUGUGGUAUGUCCUCUGAUAAUGUUCCACUUCUGCCUCAACUGGUCAUUUGCAUAACCAAGAGAGCCACUGCCUGCCAUGCAAAUGCAAAUGUGCUGCAAAGCUGUUGCAACCAUGACAGUGCAUUUCCUCUACUGGGCCAUCCUCAUUUCAGCAACCCAUACCAGUUUAAAGGGAGUGGACAUGUUUCAUAUUUGAGCACUCCGAUGCAACGCUCAGUGAUAGACGUCAUGGUGUCAUUGUUUUGUUUUUAUUGUCACCUUGGAAACUAGUCAAUACUUUUCACUUACACCUGCCUCUGUCUAGGGGUCAGAUUUAGUCUCAGAUGUAGCAUUGUUUCCCUUUUCAGCCUAGUCUAACAACCAGAUGUAGGUCUAACAGGUGCAACCGACCCCUGCUGACUGACCUACAGACUUGCUGACUUACAGACUGACCUACUGACCUCUUCACACAUCUACAGACCUGUAGGAAUACCUGCUGACUGACUGCGGACCUACAAUCUGACCUAUUGACCUCCUGACUGACCUAGACUCUUGGCUGGCCUGUUGACAGACUUGCUUACUGAUCUACAGAUGAUCCACCACUUUUUUUAAACAUUUUUAAUUAUUGAGACCAAGAACCAGCUAAAUCUCCAGCUGUGACUGGCUGAUUGUAGCCGAGUGUCGGCACGCCCGGCUGUCCUCUGGCACUGAAGAACCAGAUCUGAGUCUUCUCUGGACUGUGUGUUGCACAGACCUGUGUACUUCUUGCACAUCAAUCAUCGAAUGUCUGCCUUGAAUCAGACGUCCUGUUACGUUAGAUUGAGGCCAGUGUUGGUCCAAGACAUUUUUUAGAUACCUGGACUACCUGUGGAUGGAGCCUUUGUGGAUGGGAGGAGCUAAACCUGACACACCCACCUGGUUACUGACUUAUGCUGGAUUAAAUGAGUUUCAGGUCAAUUUGAACAGACUGUUAUAUGGGACCCUCCACUGUUGGGACAGACAAACCGUCCUGCCGUCUGGGACUGCGAGGAUCAACCACAGCAAGCUUUGCUCUGAGUGGGAAACAACCACAGACUUUUUAUAUCUUUUUAUGGGAUUUUUAUAGAUACUAUACAGGGAUAACCUCUUUUUUUAAAUUAAAAGCACUUUGCCCUAAAGAAGAAAUGGUAGCCAUGUUACUGCUUCUUUCUUCUUCCAACCACAACUUUUUUUUCUUUUCUAUUUUAUAUCAUUUUUAAUCCAUCCAUCUAUUUUAACUGAAUCUUAACCGUCCUGAUCUAGAAGAUGUUUCUGUCCGGACCGACUGGAAUGGGAAACAGCACGGCGACGUUUUUUAGUUUUCUGUCACAUUCUCAUUUUUGGAAUGUAAGCCAAUGACAUUUUGUGUUUCAUCUUUCUGUCUCGACCAUAUAUGGAGUCAGAGGCAGUGAAUAGGAGGAUUGUUUUGUUGUUUGAACGUCUCCAUUUGUUACAUGAUUAUUCAACAGUCUGCAGGUUGUCAGCUGAUUUCACUGAAUGUCCAAAAUAGGAAUAUUUUAUUAGUGUUUGACAUGUUUUAAAAGGAAUUGUUCUAUAUUUAGUGAUGAGUAAUCUUGUUUAGUAAUGACUUAUUUCCCAGCUCCAGUGGCUGACAAAGUUCACAGUCAGUGGUAAAGUCAAAGAGUGAAACUGCAGGCUGUUGAACUUCAUGGACACACAUGUGAUGCAACUCCUCUGAGUCACAGCCCAACAGAUGUGAGUGACAAAGACGAGGAGACCGUGCACAACUUUUAACUUAAGAUUUAUUCAACAAAACUCAACAAGGACAAUAAUCAGUAACAUCACCAGUGUGUGUGGUGCAUGGAUGAGUGGAAGAUAUAGUGCAAUGUACAUUCAAAAAAAGUAAGUCCAACCAAAAAUAACCAACCAUAUGAAUGAAGAGAGACUGACCAGUCCAGCAGGUAGAAGUAGGGGGGAGGGGGGGGUCAGUCAGCUGACUGCUGGACUUCCUGUUAAAGGGAGACGACAGCCUGCUGGAGGCUGUCGCACUUGUACUGUGAAUGUACAAAAACUGUUGCUGAUUGUCAAUCACGGUUGUCUGAAUGUUUGUGGCUUUGUUUACACUGGGAGCAGCUUCAGGAUGUUUUCACACUGAGUUUGUUUGAGUCUGAAUCUGAUUAUGAUCGUCUCUGUCAGAGCACUAAUAUAGUUUGUUUUCAGCUGUGUGUUUGUGUAAACAUGAUGGCUACUCCACAAAUCCUGUGCUCCUAUUAUUGGUUGUGUGCAUCUAAUUUAUUUUCACUAUGCAUCAUCAACAAGAUGCAGCUAAGCUCAUGACAGAAUAUCAGGAUGUGAAGUAAAGUCAGCAGAUAGUUCAGUCUGUGCAGUUUUACAGAACAUCGAGACGAGCAGAUGGCAACAUUUAAAUUAUACUGAACCUUUGCAGCAUUGCAGAUUCAAAAGUAUAAUUUUAUAAACACUAACUUUUUUUUUUUAGUUUUCAUUUUGAGGAAGAAUGUCAACAAAUACUUUUUGUUACAGUUUUUAUUUUUUACAGGUUUAUUUUUUAAUUUUUAACAGAUUUUGAAAUUUAACUUGCGCACCAUUUAAGUAAAGAAAAUAAAGGUAAUCCGAUGUUUACAAGUGAAAAUGUUACCCUGAUCGGCCCCCUAGUGGAUAUACUUUAUAAUCUUCUGUGUCAGUCUGCUUCAAAGGUGUCCGCAUUGGUGGUACUGAGGGUUUCCUGUGGAGGUAUAGGUUGGUUUUUGACCAAACAGGGAACCUUCUGAAACUACCACAUUCAUGUUGAUUUAGGUUGAUAAAGUGUUGAUAUUUCUGUUUACAGAUUCAGACCAACUUCUCAGUGUGAAAUCAUUCUGAAACUGACUCUCAGUAAAGAUCUCAGUCUGCUUCAAACAAAUGUACAAUAUGUGGUCCAAACCACAUCUACAGUCAAAAAUGUUUCUUCCUGUUCUUAAUGUCCACACUGGAAGGUGGUGUGAAAAGCCUGCUGUCAUAACCUCCAGGCUGCGUCACACUGCUUCUCUCCAACAACCCUGUCUUUGUAGUUUGAAUGCCAUGAGCUGCACAGAUGGGGAUAAUGCUGCACACUUUCAGACAGUCUCUCAACAAAGACAUUCGUGGUGUCGUACUCAGCUGAUCAUACAAAAGAGUGAAAAGAGUGAAAGCUUGAGGGAGAAGUUACAAUCACAGAACCACCACACAUCUCGCCAAUCAUUGUGUAAAGUGGACAUGAUUGUUGGCUUCUGAAAAUUACAAAAAUGUAGAUGCAGCCAUUGUAAAUGGAGGGUUUUAGAUGGUGUUAUAUGAUCUAGCAAGAACUUUGUUUGAAUUAUACUGAGGCCUUAUAAAUAAUCAUAAAUGCUGAAUCUUUUAUCUGGUGGCUGCUGCUUCGUCAAUGCUGCUCUUCGGAGUUCAGUUUGAGUUGAAGCCUGUUUGCCUGGAACACAUCACAUGUUCUCCUAAAAACCCGUCUGCAGAGUCAUCAGAAAAACUGUGCUUUUAUGUGAAACAUCUGCUGCUUGUUUUUUUAAGUUUUGUUCAACGCUAAGAUUUAACACUUAGUUGGAUUCUCCAGGAGUACGUCCUGCUGGUAACCGGGGGAAAUUACCCACUUUACAAGUUAACGAGAAGUGCCUGAACAACCCAUAAACCUGAAUACAGCAACUAAAUGACAGAGCAGCAGCCCUUCAUACUCCUGAGUGGACUUUACAUCUGGAUGUGAGGUUUUAGAGUUUGUAGACUACGCUGUAGUAAACACAUUUACUCCCUCACUCUUAAAACCAGUUUGCUGUGAGUGUAAAUCCAAAAAUUGUAAACGGAUGGUGUGAUUUGUAGAUUUAGAGCAGAGCAACGUCCACUUACCAAACAUGUUGUACUUUAUGUGUGAUGUGUGCUCAGUUACCAUAGCUUUAAUUCAGCUCAUCAUGUUAAAACUGUGACUGUUUGAUGAAAUGAGAAAAAAAAAAAGUCAGUUUCACUUAACAACCUGCUUACCAUCAGUUCAUUCAUAGGCACCAAACAGACAAAAGCACUGUGAUAUUUCAAUGGAAACCACAAAAAACAACAUAAGCCCAUCACUGUCACUUUGAAUGAAAUAAAAAUAUGAAACAAUUUUCUUUUUUCUUUUCUUUUAAGAUCAAAGAACUAUGGAGGUAAAUGUUGACACAAUCAAAUCCAGAUGAGAAAUGUUCUGAUGUCUAGUCUGUCUAUUUUAUGGCAGUAUAUUGCUGCCACUGUGACAAAGAGAAGCAUCUCAGUUUAUAGUUAUAAGAUAUUUUGUAUGGU